AUGGUGGACAACACGGGCCUGGUGUCUACUUUCGACCGGCACUACGACGAGAAGAACUAUGGCAUCCCACAUGCCAUUGAGGAAGAUUUCUUGCACGCAUAUACGUGCGCAGUGUACCCGGUCACAGAGCCAUCGUUCCGUGUGCUGCGACUCAACUGCAGCCAGCCAGUGCUGGGCCAGUACGUGACGGUGCAGAUAUUCGGCCGACACGACACGUUGCGCUUCUGCGACUUCAAGGUGUUCGCCAAAGAGUCAUGUGGACAGCCCUUGGGCAUGGCCUCGGAGGAGAUCUUCGACACGCAGCUGCAUGCAUCGUCACUCGACGACAUCUACCAUUUCACCAACGCACGCCUGAAUGCCGAGUAUGGAUGGUGCGCGUCCCUCACUGACAACCAGAAGUACAUACAGAUCGACCUGCAGAACCACACGCAUAUCACAGGUGUCAUACUGCAAGGCAUGAACACGCCUGUCAAGAGCGGCUACAUCACGGCAUUCCAGCUGACCUUCAGUAACGACAGCAUUUACUGGACUUCCGAAGAGCAACCCGUGGGCCACAGAAAGAUGCCACUGCAUGCGUCCGUCACGCGCAGGUGUACGAGUGUCAUCAGUGUGAGCUGUCGACUUUCAAUGCGGACGAGGCAGUGCGCUACAACCUGCUGCGCAGCGUCGGUCACCCGUUAUGUCAAGUUGCAGGUGCUGCUGUGGAAGAGGGCGCCCUGCUUGCGCCUCGAGCUUGUUGGAUGCCGAUCCCACGUGAAGUGCGGCACCGUGCUGGAGGCGCCCGAGGGUUCAAUCUCGUCACCCAACCAUCCUUUCUACUAUGGCCAGGACAAAAGCUGCUGGUGGAGGAUCCUGCCCCCUCGCGGAAGGCAUGUCUGGCUCAGCUUCAUCAUCUUCGAUCUUGCUCAGAGGGAGGCGUCAUCCCUCGCCGGCCAUUGCCAGGAUCAGCUGUUGCUGUGCCCAGGCCCGAACUGCUCAAACUCGAUUGUGUCGCCGAACGGGCAGACUUUCCCGAAAGAAAUCAUUUCCAAUGGCCCCAUGGAGAUACAUCUCAAGACCUGUUUCCGCUACUCGCUCAGCAGGUUUAGCGGAUUCUACGCCACUUACAAGUUUACUGACUGUCCAGGCUGUGGCAUGGGCGACUACCACUGCUCGAGGCUGCACGUGUGUGAUGCUCACUGUGGCCACAUCUUCUCGAUCGACUACCCCAAGCCGUAUGCGGACAACCACCGGUGUGCGUGGCUCAUCGUCGCACCACCGUCGCACUACAUCAACGUCACGUUCGAGGACUUCGACCUGCCAAGCGCCGAGCACUGUGCUUCCGACUACCUUGACUUCUACGACGGUCGGGACGAGGAGCAGGAGAACCUCAUCGGCCGCUACUGCAACAGCUCGAUGCCCCCUCGCAACGUGGUGUCUAGCUGGAACACGUUGACUAUCGUCUUCUCAACGGAAGGCAAGGGCACGGGACGCGGCUUUGCCUUAUCUUACCAUGUAAAAAAAAAAAGACAAUCGCCAUUUGAUGGACACUUACUUGCCAUGAUGGUAGACCCGCAGGAGUGCCCUCAGCAGUGGAAGUUCUACAACGACCACUGCUACAACAUGUACGAGGAGUCAGACCCGCUGCAGUGGUACGAGGCGGAGCCGAAGUGCGCCGCCUGGGGCAAGGGACGCUCGGGUCACCUGGUCAGCAUCCUGGACGAGCGAGAGAUGGCCAUCAUACACUACUUCCUCACCGACAUCUGGAAGGCGCACAGAAAGUCACUCUACAUUGGUCUGACCGAUGCUGCGGGUGAAGGUUUCUACCGCUGGAGCGACGGUAACCCCAUGAGUUAUUCAGACUGGGCGUACGCCGGCCAUGGGCUGUCGUCGCAGCCGGACUGGGUUGCGUACGAGGACUGCACCAUGCUGCGAGUGGACAGUGGCCACUCGACGGCGCACUGGCACGACAUCCCAUGCUCGCUGGGCAAGCAUUCCCUGGGCACAUUGAACCGCGCAGCUGCCAGCUGGCGCCAAAUGGAGGAGCUGCCCAUCACCACCAUCAGCGCCUACAUCUGCAAGAUGAGCAGCCACAGGGCCGACAACGCCCCUGGACCCCCUCCUCUGUACCGGCACAUGAAAGCGUACGUGGGCGAGGUGCUGGUGGCUGCAGAGAAGUACUUCGUGUGCAGAAACAAGGAGGUCAUCUCGGUGGUGAAUGUGUGCGACGGAGUGCACGACUGCCGGGACAUGUCGGACGAAAGCGACUGCGGUAUGGGCCUCUCUUGCGCACCCUCACGCUUUAGGUGUGCGAGUGGCAAAUGCGUCUCCAUAGGCGCAUUCUGCGACUUCAAGGACGACUGUGGCGACUCUUCGGAUGAAAGCCAAUGUGACUACAUCGAGUGCAACCGAACCGAGUUCCGGUGCAAGAACGGCCAGUGCAUCUCGAUCGCUCACAGAUGUGACUUGCUGUCCGACUGCCACGACAAUUCUGACGAGCAAGACUGUCUCGGUCAGUGUAACGUGAACGUGACCUUCCAGUGCUAUGACGGCACCUGUAUUCCGAAGAACGCCGUGUGCGACGGACACCGAGACUGCCCUGGCAAGUACCACGAGGACGAGCAGGAGGGAUGCCACUUGGUGAAGGAAGAAGACCGCCAAGGUCUGGAGGAAGAAAAAAAGAAAUGUGACAACAAGCCGCGCAAGACCUGCGAGGACUUGUUCGUGCAGGACGGCAUCCGUCGUAGCGGCCACUACCUCAUUGACGCGGACGGUGCAGAGGGCCCUAUCUUGCCGUUCUGGGUGCACUGUAUCAUGGGAUCGACGGUGGAAGAUGUCCGCACACUGGUGCACCACGACUCCGAGCAGAGGAUCUACGUUCGAUCGGGCAUUGAGGGUGCGUACGCGCGCCCCAUCACCUACGACGUCGGCUGGCUGCAGAUGCACGCUCUCAUCAGCGUCUCUCAGAGGUGCAGGCAGUACGUCAAGUGGGAGUGUAGCGGCGUGGGUGCCGGCUUCGGCUACUCGGACGAGCGGCCACUGUCCUGGUGGGAGAGUGCGCAGGGCGAGCCGCAGUUCCACUGGGGCGGAGCUUCAGAGAACCUCACGUGCGCCUGCUACCCGGACUGCUUCAACCCUGAGCAACGAUGCAACUGUGACUCGGCAUCUGAGUUCCACUGGCUAGAGGACCAGGGAUACAUCACCAGCAAGGAAAUGCUGCCCAUCAGAAAGCUCCAUUUUGGCAACACAUACAGAACGGGUCAAGCCGGUUACCACACCAUUGGUCCUCUAGAAUGCUUCAAGCAAGUGACAUCUAUGGAAGAAUGCGACUCGUCGCAGAAUUACUUGCGCUGCCGGACAGGUCACUUUGUCAACAUCAGCACCAGGUGCCUGUACGGCUUCGACCAGUUUGGCUUCCAAGCAGGAUGCCGGGACGUGUCUCAUCUGCGUGGAUGCGAGAAAGUCAUCUGCCCGGAGGACUACGUUAAGUGCACCAGGUCAUACUGCAUACCGUCACACUUUCUGUGCGACGGAAAGUGGGACUGCAUUGGCGGCGAGGAUGAAAUCGAAUGCAACAAGUACACGUGCCCGGGUCGCUACAAGUGUCGCAACCAGAGCUCGUGCGUGGCCCUGCAUCAGCUGUGCGACGGAACCCGCCAGUGCAAACACGGAGACGACGAACACCUUUGCGACCUCAAGUGCCCAGCAGCGUGCAAAUGCCGAGGCCACUUCGUCAAGUGCAUCGAAAAGAACCUGGUUGCCCUUCCCGACGACCUGUCUCACCUCGUACGAAAGCUAAACUUCAGCUUCAACCGCCUAGACAUUCUAAAGUCCAACUUCUCACCUUUUAAGAGGCUAGGUGAACUGAUACUGCAGUACAAUGGACUGACAGUGCUGCCGUCGAACAAGUUCAUCGAACUAAAGAACCUCUACCUCCUUGACUUGAGGAACAACCGAAUUGUUCAGAUAGAGACUGCCGCUUUUGCAGGCCUCAAGAAUGUCAGAUUCCUACAUCUGGAAAACAACCCAAUACUGUCGGAAAUAAAGGCUGGCGCAUUUGUUGGCCUCAACAAACUGACAUUCCUGAACCUAAGCGGCAUGGCCCUUUCUGGGCUAAAGAAGAACACCUUUGUGGGCUUGGAUCAAGUAACGACACUGAAUCUACGGAACAACAAGCUGCAGUACGUGGAAGACGGGGCGUUUCAGGGAUUGAAGAGCGUCACCAGCUUAGACAUUCAAGGCAACGCCAUCGAGCACUUCUCCCACGAAAUGUUCCAUGGUCUCCACUCCCUCGAGUCUCUCUUCAGCGAUUCAUUCAAGUUCUGCUGCCUGGCAUCGCCGCAAGUGUCGUUCGACUACUGCCUGCCCCCGGCGGAUGAGAUCUCUUCAUGCGAGGACUUGAUGAGCAGCCCCGUGCAGCGCUCCUUCCUCUGGGUGCUCGGAGUGGUGGCACUGCUGGGCAACCUGUUCGUCAUCGCAUGGCGCCUCAAGACCAAGAACUCUAACCCGGUCAGCUCGACGCUGAUCUUGUCGCUCGGCUGUGCUGACCUUCUCAUGGGCGUGUACCUGGUGGUGAUCGCCAGCGUGGACAUCUACUAUCGCGGCCGCUACAUCCAGAACUCGGACGUGUGGCGCGCCAGUGCGCUGUGCAAGCUAUGUGGAUUCCUCUCCACGGUGUCCAGUGAGAGCUCCAUUUUCACGCUUGUGCUCAUCACGGCCGACCGGCUCAUCUGCAUCUCCUUCCCUUUCUCCAUGGUGCGUUUCGGCCUCAGGCGCACCUACCAGCUCAUUGCGGCUGCAUGGGCAACCGCAGUGGCCAUCGCCGCACUUCCCCUCGUCAUACAGCCGUACUUCCAGGGCGAGUUCUAUGCACGCUCGGGUGUGUGCCUGGCGCUGCACAUCACGAACCAGAAGCCGUCCGGCUGGGAAUACUCGGUGGCUGUUUUCUUCUGCCUCAACUUGUUUGCCUUCGCCACCAUCGUGGCCGCAUAUGCCUACAUGUACCUCAGCAUCCAACGCUCCAAGACGGCCGUCAAGAGGCAUGCUGCACGCCAAGCGGACAGCCUGGUCGGACGCCAGAUGGCGCUCAUCGUGCUCACUAACUCGCUCUGCUGGUUCCCCAUGAUCCUCAUGGGCCUGAUGGCAAUGUCGGGCGUCCGCAUUCCCGGUGAGGCGUACGCGUGGACGGCAGUGUUCGUGCUGCCUGCGAACUCUGCAGCCAACCCGCUCAUCUACACGAUCGCAUCGCUGCGCUUCCGCUUGUUCCUGCUGCGCAUCGGGCUCGCUCGCAAGCAACACUCGCUCUCCUUCAGCAAGGCCAUCGCACAUGCGAGCAACGGAGCCGCACGUCGAGAUCACGACCGCGGGGCGCACACAUUCCGAGCGCCGCACGGCUACAUGCCUCUCAUGCAGUUUCUACGCUCAGAGCCUCACGUGACGCCUCAUCAGCUACUCCAGAUCGCCGUUGGUGUGUGCGAGCUCAUCUGCGAGCUGCAUGCACACAACUAUGCUCUCGGAGGAAUCAACAUAGACUGCGUCUUCGUCACCCAGGAGAAAAGGUUUCAUACGAUUCCAUCAAAUAUUGGUAAAAUCAUAGGCUGGCAUUCGUACACUUUACAAAAAAUUUGGAGAGAUUGGCCAAGUGAAACAGACUUUGAGGCAACUAUAGCAAUUUUGAUGAUCACAUUUCACAUCGUGCUCAAAUUUUUGUUGCAGACUCCCAACAAGGUGCACGUCUAUCUGCCAGACAUAAAUGCUUACCGUAUAGACUCCAACAGCUACAAUGCAAAUGACACAGCUGUGGACAUGGAAGAAUUUGGAGGACUUGUGAAGAAGAUGCUUCGAGCCUACCAUGUGUCGCAGCGCACACGAGAGUCAUCGAAGUCAGUGACAGAGCCCCCUUCCCCCCCCCAGGGAAGAAAACGCUUCUGCUACGCAGGUGCAUAUCUUUAAUUAACAAUGGGCAAUAAACAAAUGUGCAUGAAGGGGAAAAAAAAGAUAGGCACAACAAUGUUUUUUUUAUGCAUGUUUUAGUACAAUGUAUAUAACAACUCUUCCAGUUAAAAAAAAGUAAAAAAAA